AUGAAGCUACCGUUUAGCAUUGUUUUAGGCCAGCUUCUUAAACCGCAGUAUGCAAACACGAAGUUGUUUUGCAAACAUCCUACCUUUUCUAUUAGUGUACCAUACACCUACGUUUUCAGCACUCUUGGUUUGGUAAGUUUUUCUCUAUCAUUUAUGAUCCUUUUUUUAUUUGUGAAUAUACACCACUUAAAGAAUCAUUUGGGGGAAGUACCGCUUGGUGCAGGGGAUCAAAAUGUGAAUCAAUUGACACGAAACGAAAUGCUUGUACAUGAUCUGAAGAUAAUUGCAACUUCUAUGGGUUUGGUUCAAUAUACUUGCCUUUUGGUUGGAUGCCUUACAGAAAAUCCAUCACUUUUCUUGCCGCACCUUGCCGGGCAGUUGGUUGUGAUUUUCGUGCGGUUGUGUAACGCCUUGCUCUUCCUGGUCAGAAUAAAUAUGAAGACACUGAAGCAACUACAACACAAGGUGGUAGCCAUUGCCUUGAUGACUUUCAAUUGGCUUCAAGAGUUCUGUGUAUUCAGACAGUGUCUAUGCGUGUGUGAUCUUUAAAACAUGGAAUAAUUAAUUGCAUUUAUAUAAAGUAC